CAAACUCUUAGUCCUCCUCUACACAUCCCCUUUUUUCCAAACUAUGCAAAAAUAAACAAGAAAAAAAAAUAACAAGUCCUUUUCAGUGCUAAGCUUCUUGAAAUUGUUCUGUUUUUUCAACUCCCUUGUAAAACCAACUUGAUGUUCCUUUCAUUAUUUCCUAUCUACCCCUUUCUUUAAAUCACCCCCUUCUUCAAUCUUGCAAAAAUAAACAACAAAAAAGGUCCUUUUCAUGCUUAAUUUUUUGAAGUAGAGGUUUUUUUUUCAACUCCCUGAUAUAGCCAACUUGAUGUUCCUUUCAUCAUUCUCUAUCAACCCCUUUUUAUAAAAACCAUUCUAUUUAGUGACUUUUCUUCUCUUUCAGUCACUGACCAGUGAUAACUUUUUGUUCUCUUUUUCUUGAAAACUCAAAACAUGGCUGAAAAUCCAAAGGAUGUAACUUCAGCUAAGUGUUUUUCAGGCAUUUUUCAAAGACUACUUUGUGGUGGGAGCCUCCCAACACACCCUUCUGAUCAAUUUACAAAACCAAAUAAAACAGAAUUUGAUUUUUCUAGUCAAAAAUUACCUUUCAAGGCUGAUGAAAACAUUACUAGUAAUAAAGUUACAGCCAAUAGUCCAGGAAUUGUAGCAAGGCUAAUGGGAUUAGACUCAUUACCUGAAAAAAACAACACUUUUGUUGGUUCAUUUCCAAGAAGCAGGUCAGUUAAUUCUCUUGAUUACUUGAUGCAGUUUAAUCUAACUGAAAAUUUUCAUCAUAGAAGAGUUAGAACAUCCUUGUCUUUUCGCGAAAUACCAAAUUUUGAUCAAGAAUUCAAGUCAGAGUUUUUAGUAUUUUGCUUCAAUGAUGAAAAAGAGAAACAGGGCUUUAAUAUUAGAAAAUCCAAUAAGGUGGGAAAUCAAGAAAUGAAGCAAAAGAAUGCUGCAGAUAGCAGUAGAAAAAAUGUUCAGAAAAAAGGGAAGAAGAAAGUUGAUGUUGCUAAAACAUCAUUAAAUAUGUCUACUGUUGGCCAGAAGAAAGAAGUUUGUGGAAAACAAAAUAGGAUUGCUAAUAAGGUGAAAAAGCAAGUGAAGUUUGAGGAUUAUCCAAGGAAAAUAUCUGUUGAAUCCCAGGUUAAGGAGAAGAAGAAGAAGAGCAAAUGUGUAGUGUCUACUAAAAUGCAGCCUUUGUUUAAAUCAGCAGAUUCAAUUCCAAUUCAUCAUCCUCAACAAGUUGCUACCCCAGCAGGAAAUGAAAGGAAAAUGCAGCUUAAUUCAAGAAAGUCUCGAACAAGAGUCACCAAUCCAGAACUUGCAAUCACAAGCAAAGUUGAGAAACAAAAGGAGAUUAAUAAAGAGACAGAUUAUUACUUAAAGGUACUUGGAGAAAUUUGUAGAUUAACAGAAGAAGAGUUAAAUGAGUCAUAUCGGGUAGCUACUAGAAAUAGUGGAAACUUCAAGUUUGAAGAUUUUGAGGAUUUAUGCCUAAAUUUUGGACAAGAAAUUCUUGAACUUUUAUUAGAUCAGGUUGUCCAUGAACUUUUAUUAUUUUAGACAAUGACAAUUUGUAUAUGAGUCAUACGUACUUAUUAAAUUAUAAUAUCUAAGUCUCAAAUUUUGGCUAGAAAAAAUUUAGUUACAAAUUCUAAUUAUUCAUGGCUCAGCAUCUGGAAAGUUUAUAACAUGACUGGCUU